GGAGCACAAGGCACUUUGGGUCAUCACAGAGGACCAAGGGGAGGAGUGGAGGGAAGGCCGCAUCAUCUUGCCAAGCUAUGACAUGGAGUACCGGAUCGUGUUUGAGGGAUUUAUACGCAAUGGCCACUCGGGAGAACUCGCCCUCGAUGACAUCCGGCUAGGCACCGACAUCCCACUGGAGAACUGCAUGGAACCCAUCACAGCUUUCUCAGUGAACUUCCCGAGAGUGGAGGAUGACUUUCCAAUCUCUGAGCAAGAUUUUGAAGACAACAAUGAUCCAGAUUACUUUGGAUCGGAUAGGAACGACACACUGUUCUCUACUAACUCUCCAGGAACCCCGAAGCUAGACAAAGAAAAAAGCUGGCUCUACACCCUGGAUCCCAUCCUGGUGACCAUCAUAGCCAUGAGCUCCCUUGGUGUCCUCCUCGGAGCCAUCUGUGCUGGUCUGCUUCUCUACUGCACAUGCUCGUACACUGGGCUGUCCUCACGGAGCUCCACCACACUGGAGAACUACAACUUUGAGCUGUACGACGGCAUCAAGCACAAAGUCAAGAUGAACCACCAGAAGUGCUGCUCAGAGGCCUGAUGGGUGCCCUGGGGUCACCCUUGGCAUUGCACCCGGUGAGGUGGGCUGACAGGGAUUACUUCUUUUGCUGUUUUCUAUGGGAACUGAAUGCCAUAAGAGGGAAGGAGGGCGUGGGAGGAGGCACUGCUCCUGCCGCCAGGUUACAGGACCGAGCAGGCAUUCCCGCAAACCGGACUGUGCUGGGCAAGG